GUUAAAAAGAAGUAUCUGUAAAUAAAAAUGCAAACGAUUUUUCCGUGCCAAUGGUCGCUUGAAUAAGAUUCGAUAUUUCACGUGUAAUAAACUUGCACGAUAUAUUAUGAUCAAAAUCGAGGUACUUCGAACUAGUUAGACGUUACGAUGAGCUGCCUUUAACUAAAAUAUCUACAGUAAUACAUCAUCGGUGUUGUCAAUGGUAAUUUUAUGUUAAUUAUACCAAAUGAACUUAACCUUAUAUACAUUUCUAACUUUUUGAGCAUCGAGAAUAUCAGUAUAAUUAAUUAAUCUGAUUUUUUACAAAAAAAUAUCGAUGUCAAUAGCUUGGAUACAUGUACAUCUCAUGGAGUUUUAGUACACGAUUUGACUAUAUAAAUACUAGUAAUUCAACAUUAGAUUAAUAUGAUAUAUUUGUAUUUUAUAAACAACAACUCACACAUGUAUAUUUACCAACUUAAAUUCAAAUCACCAUACGAUAUCAAUAUUAGUGUAAAUUAUUAAACUUUAUACCAUGUUCAUAAUGUUACUACCUAUGAUAUAUUUUCUUCACUUUCUCAUUAAAUUCUGAAUAAAUAUUAUAUAGAAAUAAUUAUUAGGUUUGAAUCUCUUAUCUCAAUUGAAUCAAAUGCAUAUUUGUCUAUAACUAAUAUAUUUUCUAUAAGUUCAAAUUGACUAUAUUCUGUAUAUUGCUAAUACUUACUGCAUACAUCAUCUUUAACUUAUGGUCCAACGGUAUUUACAUGUAAAUAAUUUUUAUUAUUUUAUCCUUCUAAUGCCACAAAUCAGUCAUGUGUAUCUUUUUUUUUUUGAAACACUUUCUUUUUUUUGAAACACAGUCAUGUAUAUCUACAUUGUCAAUUUACUACUAAUGUAUACUAUAUCAAAAAAGUCACCCCUAAGUAUUUCCUAAAGUGUGAUAAAAAAAUAUUAUUUGAAAAAGUUGUUUAGAUUCUUUUCUUUAUAAAAAAUUAAUAAAAUGAAAAUGAAGAACUCCUUUAUUAAUAUAGUAACAUAGCUAGAGGAGAGAAGAAGCAUCAAGUUUCAAUCUCUUCCUUUCAAAUUCUUCACACAAAACCUCAAAAACUCCAGAGGGCUCUUCCCGAGAGAAGUCCUACUCUGUCCCAUAAAUCAUCAUCACCUUCAUGUGUAACACAACCACCACCACCACCACCGGCAUGGCCGUGUCCGAGAACCAGCAAUCUCAAACCGGAACCUUCCUUGAUCUCUUCUCGGUCAAAACAUUCCAACAACAAACAAAGCGAAGUCUCCUGCAUUGCCAGAACAGAACAUCUCCACUUAUGUCCGAAGCUGUAACGGAGGCUAAAUCUCUCUUAACUCUCGCGUUUCCGAUCGCCUUGACGGCUCUAGUCCUCUACCUUCGCUCAGCCGUCUCCAUGUUUUUCCUUGGUCGUCUCGGUGACCUCGAAUUAGCCGCCGGUUCGCUCGCCAUUGCGUUUGCUAACAUAACCGGUUACUCUGUUUUAUCCGGUUUAGCACUCGGUAUGGAACCACUCUGUUCACAAGCCUUUGGUGCUCACCGCUACAAACUCCUCUCUCUCACCCUCCACCGAACCGUGGUUUUCCUCUUGGUUUGCAGCGUACCGGUCUCGGUUCUCUGGCUCAACGUUGGUAAAAUCUCGGUUUACCUUCACCAAGACCACGACAUCGCGGAGCUAGCUCAGACCUAUCUCAUCUUCUCCCUCCCUGAUCUCAUUACAAACACUCUCCUUCACCCAAUCAGAACCUACCUUCGCGCUCAAGCUAUCAUCCACCCCGUCACUCUAGCAACUCUCUUCGGCGCCGUUUUUCACUUACCGGCUAAUCUUUUCCUCGUCUCUUACCUCCGACUCGGUUUAAUCGGCGUUGCAGUGGCCUCCUCCGUCACCAACCUCCUCGUCGUCACUUUCUUGAUAUGCUACGUCUGGGCGAGUGGUCUCCACGUGCCCACGUGGACCAACCCGACAUGGGACUGCUUCCGAGGAUGGGCUCCCCUGCUCCGCCUCGCGGGACCGAGCUGCGUCUCCGUGUGUUUAGAGUGGUGGUGGUACGAGAUCAUGAUCGUUCUUUGCGGGUUGCUCGUGAACCCGAGGUCGACGGUUGCUGCUAUGGGAGUUCUGAUUCAGACAACGUCGUUUCUCUAUGUCUUUCCGUCUUCGUUAAGCUUCGCUGUCUCUACUCGUGUUGGAAACGAGCUGGGAGCGAACCGUCCCAAGACAGCCAAGCUAUCCGCGACGGUAGCUGUCUUUUUCGCGGCGGUGACGGGAGUUAUCGCGGCGGCGUUUGCUUACUCCGUUAGAAAUGCUUGGGGAAGAGUUUUCACCGGAGACGACGAGAUUCUCCGGCUAACAGCGGCGGCGCUUCCGCUUUUGGGUCUAUGCGAGAUCGGAAACUGUCCUCAGACGGUGGGAUGUGGUGUCGUGAGGGGUACGGCACGGCCGUCUACGGCGGCGAACGUAAACCUCGGUGCUUUUUAUCUGGUGGGUAUGCCGGUGGCUUUGGGUCUUGGGUUUUGGGCCGGAGUUGGUUUUAAUGGGCUUUGGUUAGGACUCCUUGCAGCGCAGGUUAGCUGCGCCGGUCUUAUGAUGUACGUGGUGGGGACCACAGAUUGGGAAACGGAGGCCAAAAAAGCGCAGACGCUAACCUGCGCCGAGUCUGUAGAGAGUGAUCUUAUUAAGGCGGUGGUGAAUACUAUAGGGGGCGACGGUGAGAGCGAUGAGGCACAGCCACUGAUUCGCAUCACGGUGCUUUAUUAAUUAUUAAAAAUAUAUUUAUAUUCACCUCCCUUUUAAAUUCUUAAUACAAGGAGAAAGUUUUGUCUUUCUUGAAAAUAUUAACAUUUCUUCCUUUUUUGUACUCCUUAUUUUUUUGUGCCCUUAUGAUUGGCAGUCUAUAUGGAGUUCCGAUGAGUUAUUCAAAUAAAUUCAGAUAAAUGAAAAAAUAAUCACAUCAAAAUUUUGGAAACGUAAACUUUCCUAACUAUUGACCAUUUAGUUACACCCAACAAUCU